CCACUUUUCUUUUUCUCUCUGUCUUCAAUUCUCAACCUUAUCUCCCCUAAUCCAUCGUCUCCAAAAAUCAAGAAUUGCAUUCAUGGCUCAUCAGGAACUAGAAGACCCGAAGAAGAUUCAAUACCCACUCGACCCAAAUGCAUACAAGAUCCUCCAUGAAAUUGGCGUGGGCGUCAGUGCCAAGGUUUACAAAGCCAUUUGCUUGCCAUUGGACUCAACUGUGGUUGCCAUCAAGGCCAUUGAUCUUGAUCGAUCUCGAGCUGAUCUCGACAACAUUCGACGUGAAACCAAGACCAUGUCCUUUCUCUCCCACCCCAAUAUCCUCAGUGCUCUCUGUUGUUUCACCGUUGAUCGCCAUCUUUGGGUUGUCAUGCCCUUCAUGUCCUCCGGUUCCCUCCAGUCCAUUAUUUCUUCUUCCUUCCCCGACGGUCUAUCAGAGCAAUGCAUCGCAGUAGUCCUGAAAGAAGCCCUUAACGCGUUGAGUUAUUUCCACAACCAGGGCUGCCUACACAGAGACAUCAAGGCCGGUAACAUUCUUGUGGACGGAAAUGGGUCCGUCAAGCUCGCUGAUUUCGGCGUCUCCGCCUCAAUUUACGAGUCGGACUCUUCGUCCUCAGCCUUGUCGUCUUCGUCCAUGGUAUUCACUGAUGUGACCGGGACGCCUUACUGGAUGGCGCCUGAAGUUAUACACUCGCACACUGGAUACAGUUUCAAGGCGGACAUUUGGUCUUUUGGCAUAACAGCACUGGAAUUAGCUCAUGGACGACCUCCUCUGUCUCAUUUGCCUCCUUCAAAGUCUUUGAUCAUCAACAUAACCAAGCGGUUUCCUUUCUCGGAUUACGCAAGGAGCAAGACUGACAAGAAGUUCUCAAAGGCUUUCAAGAGCAUAGUGGCCUCGUGUCUUAAUCAAGAUCCCGCCAAGAGACCCACCGCAGAUAAGCUCUUGAAGCAUUCUUUCUUCAAGAACUGCAGAGGCGCAGAUUUCCUAGUAAGAAACUUGCUGAGUGGAUUGCCUAGCGUAGAAGAACGGUUCAAAGAGAUUAAGGCCUUGUACAAAAUUGGUGAUCACCCAGAAGAUGAGGGCGAUUCACUGAGUCCAAUCAUCAAAGAAAGAAGAAUUAGUGGUUGGAACUUCGAUGAAGAAGGGUUCGAGCUCGACCCAGUAUUUCCAACAGAGUCAAGGGACGAUGACGUAGUGAAAAAGGUUCGUUUUGGGGGCGAGACAAUCAUCCAAGAAAUGAUUGAGGGAAGUGAGACGGUGGAUGAUUGGAAAGAGCCAGAAGGGAUUUUAUCAAGAGGUGUUGAGGUUGAGGAGGAAGGACGAAGCGAAAGAGAAAUUAGUGGGAGUGAGGUUGGUGAGACUGAAUUACGCACUGGUGUGGAUGGAGAACUAAUGGUGAGGCGUUUGACGGGACUGAUAACAAGUUUGGAGGAGCAGAGACAGAUGGUAGGAAGCAUGAUUGGAAUGUUUGGGGGCGAAGUUAUGAGCAGAGAGGAACAGCUUAUGCAAGUACUUGAGAAGCUGAAGACGGAAUUAGAGUUUGAGAGGGAGAGAAACUUUGCUUUGGAGAUGGAACUAGAAUUUCUCAAGAUUCAGACGUCUGCUACAGCAAAUGCAUCAACCAGUAGUACUUGAACUUUGUUUUCCUUUUUCCUUUUCUAAUUCAGUAUGUGGAUCAUUGAUGAAGAACAAGACUUCUAGUGGAUCAUCCGAAGGACAAAGAGAUCAUUUGAGUUGAGUGGAUCGACAAGACUUCGAUUACGUAGGAGUAUAUCAGAUUAGAGAUUCUCAUUUUCAUUUUUUCCAUUUUCGGUGCUCUUCUAUUCUAGUUGUUUUUAGCUGUGUGCGCAUUUGGUGGGCCACUUUUGUGAACAAUUGUGUUAUGAUUGGGCUUAAAAUUGAGAGACCAGAUUAAGAAGUUAACCAUGGGCCACCUAGCUUUGUUCUUGGUCAGAAGCAUGGGCCAUUAGUUAGGCUUCUGGACUGAACCAGCUACUAAAUAAUCCC